UACUAGCUAUACACCGAUAUCUCAGUCAGUAUAAUAACUGUCACGGUCUGUGCUACACGUAUGUGCCUGUAACUAGUAUCGCGGAACAGAAUAAUAUUUGCCGCCUGUGAUUUUGUGCGCAUCUCUAAGUGACGCGAGGGAAAAAGGAAAAGGAAUGGCCACAGAAAAGAACAAAGUGGAAGAUGCAAAAGACUCGACUCCAGCAGAACCUCACAACGCCACAGAUAACACAAACAAUGAACCAAAUAAUAAAAUAGUUAAAGAAAAUAAUUUAAAUAUCAAUACAAAUUAUACUGAAAAGUAUAGAAAACUCGAUGAACUAGAUAAUAAAAUAAUAAAAACUAAUGAAAAUGGGAGUAGCAAUGAAGUAGCAGAGGGUAUAAAAAUUUCCAAUUAUGUUCAGAAUAUUAAGAUAUCGAACUCAAGUCCUGGGUUGAUCGUGGAUAAGGAAGGCAGGGAGAUUGAACUGCUGGAAGACUCGAAGACGAUCAUCAAAUUCUCACCGAUCUGGAAACAGACUCUGACAGCGGCAGCAUCCAUCCUGCUCACCUUCACAGCCGGUCUGACGUCUGGCUACUCCGCCAUCUUGCUGCCGCAACUCAAGGAGCGAGGCAGCAUCAUCAAUUAUGAUGAAAACACUGGCUCUUGGAUCGCGGCGAUGGCGGCGCUCCCGAUGGCUCCAGGCUGCUUAAUCUCCGGAUGGAUGAUGGAGAAGUUCGGAAGAAAGACCUCGCACUACAUGGUCUGCGCGCCCUUCCUCCUCGGAUGGAUCCUGAUCGCUUGCGCCUCAGACCUGUCUCUGAUGCUCCUAGGACGCUUCUUCACUGGUCUCUGCGUCGGGUUGCUAGGCCCUCUUGGCCCGGUCUACAUUGGAGAAACCACCGACCCGAAGUACAGAGGUUUCUUCCUUGCCGCUGUCUCCUUAGCCAUAGCCGUCGGCAUCCUAGUCGCUCAUCUAAUUGGAACCUUCUUAACUUGGCAAUGGACAGCCACAAUCUGCUCCUUAUUCCCAGUUUUAAGCAUCUUUCUACUAAUGUUGGUCCCAGAAAGUCCUACCUGGUUGAUAGCUAAAGGACAACUCGAAGAUGGCGUGAGAUCCUUCCAUUGGUUAAGGGGUUUCGAUGACUCCGCGAAGACUGAGUUAAAAGGACUGGUUGACAGGCAGAAAGCACAAGACUCCGAACCUCAAAUGUCUUUGAAAGAAAAGCUGAUCAACUUGAAGAGCCCUGAACUGUUGAAGCCUUUGUUCAUCAUGAUAAUAUUCUUCAUAACGUGCCAAUUUUCUGGAGUAAAUGCUGUAGCGUUUUACUCAAUAGAAAUCGUUGAGAAAGCCGUCGGUACUGGCAUGGACAGAUACAUGGCCAUGCUCUUGAUAGAUGCUUUAAGAGUAGUAAUGUCUGUGGUAGCGUGCGUCAUAUGCAAAAUGUAUGGACGAAGACCUUUGUGCUUCAUAAGUGGAAUUUGGACGGCGUUAUCCAUGGUUGGGCUUUCAAUAUACCUUUAUUGGUCUAAUGCGACGCAAACAAGCAUGUCAUGGCUACCUUUGACUUGUUUGAUGAUGUACAUAACAGCGAUUUCUAUAGGCUUUGUUCCCUUGCCAUGGAUUAUAUGUGGAGAAGUAUUCCCAACAAGAGUUCGAGGACUGGGAUCAGGGAUUAGCUCAGCGACGACUUUUGCCUCCUUCUUCAUAGUUGUCAAGACUGCCCCUGGUAUGAUGUCGAAUUUAGGAGAAGUAGUGACAUUCUUAAUCUACGGUAUAGUAGCACUAGUUGGCACUAUAGUUUUAUUCUUCAUACUGCCAGAGACUAGAGGAAAGAGUCUACAGGAGAUUGAAGAGAGAUUCAGAAGUGGCAAGAAAGAUUUGAAUGCUGCUUAACAAAUGUUAUUUUUUUAACUAUUUUUAAGAGUUUUUCCUUCUAUAUUAUUGUUAUGAUGAGAUUGAUAAUGCUAAUCUGUGAUACUUAAGUAGUGAAAUUAUUCAAUUAGAA